AUGUGUUUAGGCUUGAGGUGCAACUUAGCACAUGAACCUGCUGGAUUUCUAACCAUGCCCGUUUCACAGGUUGACCUGGAAUACUUGCUAGAACUCUAUCCUCUUGAUAAGGAAGUUAACUGGGGUGAUGAGCUGUCCCUUGGUGAGCAACAAAGACUAGGAAUGGCCAGGUUAUUCUACCAUAAGCCAAAGUUUGCCAUACUUGAUGAGUGCACUAGUGCUGUAACGACUGAUAUGGAAGAACGUUUUUGCAAGAAGGUUCGAGCUAUGGGUACAUCUUGUAUAACAAUAUCUCAUCGCCCAGCUUUAGUUGCAUUUCAUGAUAUUGUUUUGUCCUUGGACGGUGAAGGCGACUGGAAUGUUCAGCACAGAAGGGAGGACUCUUCCUUUUCCACUGAAGAGUCUGAUUUUCAAUCAUUAGAAACUGAUCGCAAAUCUGAUGCACUGACUGUUCAAAGAGCUUUUAUGAGAAGGGCAAAGAACAAUCCUUCGUUGGGGUCCAAGGACCAUUCGUACUCUACAGAGGUCAUAGCAACUUCCCCUAAGGUGGAAAUAGAACAUGCAGUACGGACAUCUCGGGUUCCACAUUUGCGAUGCCACCCAAGACCUUUGCCUCUCAGAGUAGCUGCAAUGCUCAACAUACUAGUUCCUAAACUUCUUGAUAAACAAGGCGGGCAGUUGCUUGCUGUUGCUGUACUUGUUUUCUCUCGUACAUGGAUCUCUGAUCGUAUUGCUUCAUUGAAUGGGACAACUGUGAAGUUUGUCUUAGAGCAGGAUAAAGUUGCCUUCAUUCGCUUGAUUGGUGUCAGUAUUCUACAAAGUGCUGCAAAUUCUUUUGUGGCACCAACUCUUAGGACCCUUACCUCUAAACUUGCCCUUGGAUGGCGAAUUCGCUUGACCAAUCAUUUGCUUCGAUAUUAUUUGAAAAGAAAUGCAUUCUACAAGGUAUUCAACAUGUCAGGUAAAACUAUUGAUGCAGACCAAAGAUUAACACUUGAUGUAGACAAGUUGACCACUGAUCUUGCUGGCCUAGUUACUGGAAUGGUAAAACCAGUGGUUGACAUUAUUUGGUUUACAUGGAGAAUGAAGCUCUUGUCAGGACGAAGAGGAGUUGCUAUACUAUAUGCUUACAUGUUACUGGGUUUGGGCUUCCUGAGAGCAGUAUCCCCUGACUUUGGUCGUCUCUCGGGCCAAGAACAAGAACUUGAAGGAACAUUCAGGUUCAUGCACUCAAGACUGCGGACACAUGCUGAAUCAAUUGCUUUUAUUGGUGGUGGUUCAAGAGAGAAAGCUAUGGUUGAGGCUAAAUUCGUAAAGUUACUUAACCACUCAAAGAUUCUCUUGAGGAAACAGUGGCUUUAUGGUAUUGUUGAUGAUUUUGUUACAAAGCAACUUCCUCACAAUGUGACAUGGGGUCUUAGUCUAUUAUAUGCUUUGGAGUACAAGGGAGACAGAGCUUUGACCUCAACUCAAGGAGAGCUGGCACAUGCUCUACGAUUCUUGGCUUCAGUGGUUUCACAGAGCUUCAUAGCCUUUGGCGACAUUCUUGAGUUACAUAAGAAAUUCCUUGAACUCUCUGGUGGGAUUAACCGUAUCUUUGAGCUUGAGGAGCUUACAUGUGCCGCUCAAAGGAAUACCAUGGUGUCUUCCAAUGCCAUCAGUGCAGCCUCAGAAGAUAUUAUUUCAAUUCAUGAAGUGGACAUCAUAACACCAUCACAGAAGCUAUUGGCUAGUAAACUGUCAUGCAAUGUAGUACAAGGGAAAAGCCUAUUUCUGACUGGUCCCAAUGGUAGUGGAAAGAGUUGUAUAUUUAGAGUGCUUAGAGAUUUGUGGCCCAUCUUCUCUGGGAGAGUUAUCAAGCCCUCUGAAGGGAUGUUCCAUGUCCCUCAGCGUCCAUAUACCAGCCUAGGUACUCUGCGGGAUCAGAUCAUAUACCCUCGCUCACGGGAGGAAGCAGAGAUGAAAGUUCUCUCACUACAUCAAGCUGGCAACAAGGCUAGUGCUUCCAUCCUGCUUGAUGAUCACCUGAAGACAAUUCUAGAGAAUGUGCGGCUGGUGUAUCUUCUAGAAAGAGAAGGGUGGGAUUCUACACCAAACUGGGAAGAUGUUCUGUCACUAGGGGGACAACAGAAGCUUGGGGUGGCCCGUUUGUUUUUCCAGCAUCCUAAGUAUGGCAUCCUCGACGAGUGCACCAAUGCUACUAGUGUUGAUGUUGAAGAACAUCUGUACAGGCUUGCAACUAACAUGGGCAUAACUGUGAUCACUUCCUCACAAAGGCCUGCUCUGAUACCCUUCCAUGUCUUGGAGCUGAAGCUCAUUGAUGGUGAAGGGAACUGGGAGCUAUGUUCGAUCCGCCAGUGCGUGAUGCCAUACCUGAGCGACUGA